CACAAAACGAGGCUCUGAGCGCCAGGGGCAGCCGAGGGCAGCCGCAAGUAUGCGCUGACACCCAUGACCAUGCACCCGGCAGCGGUGCGCAGCAUUUCGAGCACAGCGCUGCUCGUCCUGCUGAGUCUGAGUGGCUGGAAGCGGAGCAAGCAGCCCCCGCCGAGCGCACGGAACGCGACGCUCACUCCGGAGGAACGCUACGUGCCGCUGCGACGAGAACCGAAAUUGUUCGAAUCGUUGCUGCGCGACGAAUGGCUCACGUCGGAGGCGCGCGCCGUCGCUGCAGCCGCGUGGGAGGGCUACCUCCAUGACGCGGUGGUACGAGAGUCUUCUGGGGUCUAUUCCUUCGAGUUGUUCUCAAAAGCUUUCUGCGAGACGUUUUUACGGGAGGUAGAUAACUAUGACGCGUCGGGUUUACCAGUGAGACGGCCAAAUUCCAUGAACAACUAUGGGUUAAUAGUAAAUGAGAUCGGGAUGAGGGAUGCCAUCACACAGUUACAGCAGGAGAUCCUGUGGCCCGUGGCGCGUUUGCUCUUCCCGCUCCAGUCGACACGCUUCGACGCGCAUCACUCUUUUAUAGUACGGUACAAGGAAGACGAAGAUCCUGGUUUGGAUAUGCACACCGACGACAGCGACGUCACAUUUAAUGUGUGUCUCAAUAGCAACUUCACCGGGGCUGGACUAACGUUCUGCGGCGACGCCGGUACCUCGCGACAUAGAAAGCUCGCCUUCCGCUACCGCCACGAGAUGGGCCGCGUCGUCGUGCACCUCGGUACGAAGCGCCACGGCGCCGACGACAUCGAGAGCGGCGAGCGGCGCAACUUGAUCAUCUGGAACCACAACCACCGCUGGCGCGCGUCGCGGACCUAUCGACGACUCCGCGAGAGAUACGCCACCGAGGCGGGCGAGCCGGAUACGGAGUGCGUCUCCUACACGCACGAUCGCGACUACGGCGCGUUCAAACCGCAUACGGAUAGAACGCGCGAACACGCGAACAGGCCGUGGUGUCCGCCCGAACAGGCGUGCUACGACACGAUGGGCGAACGCCUCUUGGAGGACGAGUACUCCUAUUACGGCGGACGCCCGAGGAGGCGUUCCCAAGGCAUGUGCCCGGCCACGUAAUGUAUGUG